GAAAACGUAACAAGUAACAACACACUCAUUCCUCUCAGUCUCUCACUCACUCACACACACUCGUUCCUCUCAGUCUCUCACUUGUUCUCUCUUUCCCUCAAACCCUAACUUGUUGAACAUGGCUGAAGAAGAAGAAGACGGUGAAGAUCGCAUCAGUUCCUUAUCAGAUGAUUUGCUUGUUCGUAUUCUGUCAAACCUUCACACUCGCGAAUCUGUAAGCACUUGUGUUCUGUCAAAGAGAUGGGUUCACGUUUUCAAAGCUCUUACUUGUCUGAGAUUAGAUGAUGAAAAUGGUUCAUUGCUUGAUGCUUUGGAUGAGAUGAGACAUCGAACUGACCUGACGAGUUUCGAUUUGAGCAUUUUUACUCGGCGAAGUGGAGAUAUCGUCACGGUUGCUGAAAAAGCUGUUCGUAACAUAGUGCGUUUGAAUCUUAGCUUGAACUCUCUCUCAAUCUAUGGUAUAUUGAAUAUGUAUCUUACUCGUCCUGUCUUCAAUUCCCGUACUUUGGUGGAGUUGAAACUUCACCGUGUAUGUAUAGCUGAGACUCUAUCCGUUGCCUCUUUGCCUUCACUAAAGGUGCUUUCUCUGUCUCGGGUUCAAUUUGACACCAAAUCGGUUUUCCUUUCUCUGCUAUCUGCUGUGUCGAGGGUUUUGGAGGAAUUGCGGAUUUCGUCUCCCACUUUUUCGGCUCCGAUCUGCGACCGUGAAGCUGACCUUUUUCCUUGUCUCCGUGGUGCCUUUCUACACAAGCUACCUUGGGAAAUGCUUGUCUUGUUCAUCAGUGUUUCACAUCUCCUAACAACCCUUGAGUUUACUCCUAUGGAUUCUAGGCAGAUGGAAGAAGGAGAGGAAAAUGUGGACAAUUGGAUCAAUCCAAUAAUUGUUCCAGUGUGCUUAACCAAUCAGCUCAAAUCAUGCCUUCUUCACGGUUACAAAAGCACAACAUGUCAGGACCGCUUUGUGAGAUAUGUUAUGCUUAAUUCCAACAUCUUGAAGACCAUUUCUAUAAAAUGUCUUCCUUCUACCGAUACAACCGUCAAGUACAGAUGGUUAAAGAAACUAGCUUCUUGGAGGAGGUCAUCCACUACCUCGCUUCUCUUUGAUUGAUGAUUGAUACAGUUUGUAGUUGAUCUAUGCUGGGGCGAUUGUUGAUUACUCGAGAUUUGGUUUGGUGGUUUGUAGUAGAUUCUAUGGUAUUCUGAAACUUUGGUGUCAAGUUUAAGUAGCUAAUCGCAUUAUGGAACUUCGGUGUCGAGUUUAAGUAGAAAACUGGUUUUCAUUUCUUCUCUUUUUGGAUCAAAUGCUUAUUUGUUGAAUAUGUAGUCGUGUUUUUUUA